ACUUGCAUGCGACUCGUUCGACAGGAGAAUAACGGCGACAGUUCCAAUAGAAAUUUUCAUUGUCUAGUGCAUUGGUGUUCGCCUUUCAGACCUGUGUGGGGGAAAAACAGCUGAACGCAUUGGCGAUUUGCAAAUUUAAUCCGUUGCUUUAUUACUGUUGGUCUAGAAGAGAUAGCAAAAAUUUUGCCAAAUCGUCUAUUAUUGUCUUUAUGAAACCAUCGUAGCAAGUUUUCUUGUGUUUCGAUAAAAAUCGAUGCCCCACCAUGUUGGCCAGCAGUAAAAUUUUGCCAAACCUCAAUGUUGAUGUUGAGACUGGUAAUCAUACAGUCAAUGUGAAUAGUGAAACUGACAUGCUGUCUACCAGCUCUCCAAAAUGCCACUCCUUGUCCCACACUGUUCACCAACCUAGGACAAGGAACCUGCACCAUCAUGUCAGGGGCAACAAGAAGAUGCCUCCCAAAAGUCCAGAUCUAAUAGAACUUUCUGAUGCUGGCCAGUCACCUGUUUCGGUACCAGAGGAUGAUAGUAGCCCAGGUGUGACCACUGAUGCUGAUAGCGAAGAUCCUUCUUACUGUGAUACAGAAUCUCCUACACCCACAAAUAGUGCUGUAACUGUUGACCCCAAAAACUACUGGCAGGGAGCGGAAGAACAUAGAGAGCUGCUUGCAACCGAGGGUGAAGAAGAAGAUGAUGAUGAGGAUGUGCAAGAUGAUAAAGACGACCAAAGGGAUAUUGAAUUGGUGGAUAUCAACAGUUCUGACUCUGAUGUUGGAACUUCAAAUAACCCAAGUAGUGAUUCUGAUGGAGGCAACCUUUCUUAUUCCAAUGAUGUUGAUGACAUUGAUGAAGAAGAAUUAUGGAAGAUCAGUCCAGACCAGUUAUCCUACUACAAAGUCCAAUUCAAAACACUUCAAACUGACCCAAAUGGAUUGAUUGGUGGCCCCCAAGCUAAACAGUUCUUUGAAAAAUCCCGACUUCCGACUGCUGAACUCUCUCAUAUUUGGCAACUGAGCGAUGUGACUAAGGACGGUGCUCUGUCUUUGGCUGAAUUUUGCACAGCAAUGCACCUGGUAGUAUUAAGAAGGAACAAGAUUGCACUGCCUAAGCAAUUGCCACCUGCACUUGAUCCUUUGCAAAUGCUUGAAGUUGCACCCCUAGCAUCACAGUCGACACUAGUGGCAUCAACUGUUGCGACAACAGUCACUGAUAAGGAGCCACAAAAUAGCCAAGUGAAACCCUCAUCGUCUAGCGUACAGACGGCCGUGGAUGGUUCUGGCGCCGUCCAGCAUUGGACCAAAUUUGUCGACUCUCCUACCGGAUCGGUGGCAUCACCUGGUCCCCAACCAGUGAAUUUUGACUUCAAACGGGCCCAGGUGGAACAAGAUCCACGUAUUCUACACCCAGUCGCCUUGCGGCUUACACCCGAGUCUCAGCAGUCAUCUGAAAUGGGUCCGUCUUCUGGUGCCGUUUCCCUACCCCAACCUUCGACUGUUACUUCCCUCGGUAGCACUUUGACUAGCCACGCGACCUCCAUUCCCUCUGCCACUUUAAUUGCGAAUUCAUCGAUUGGUAAAAAAGAACCACCGCCUCCUCCUCCUCCACGACCGUAUAGAGGGCACACCAGGAGCUCUUCGUUAGACCUAAAUCAACUUGGUCGCAAUACUGGAUUGAACUCUGUUGCUCCACCUGCUGUUCCUCCUCGCGUGUCGCCUAGUAUGGGCUCUCCUAGGAAAGAGAGUGAAUCAAACAAUCAAACCACUAGCGGUGGAGCCUUCCAGGUUUACCGGAGGCCCACCGGACCGAUUGCCAUUCCUGCUGUGAGUACCAGCGCAACUCCUGAAAAGAAACUCGGUGUAUUAUUAAACACCUCGACGGCAACCAAAAGUUUGACAUCUGUCAUCGAAGACCACCAACGUCGAGGCGAAGUCCUGCGGAAACAGCAACAAAUUCUGACCAAGCAGUUGUUUGAUAUCCAAGAAGAGAGAAAUCACCUAGAACUCCGUCUUCAAAAAAUGCACUUAACCGAUUCUCAGUGUUAAAAAAAAGGUGUAAACCGAACGA